AUGCCACGAAUAUGCAUUACUCAAAGAAACCGCCAAAAUGUUCCUUUUCAAAGUACUAAAGAAUUUUAUAGGAGAACAGUUUUUAUACCUCACCUAGAUGAUAUACUUUUAUCAUUGAAUGAACGGUUUUUAUCACAUCACGAAAUAAUAAAUUCUCUACAAUACAUUUUGCCAAAUAUGAUUGUAGAUAAGCCAUAUUCAAAUCUUAAAACGGCAGUUACAUUUUACCAGAAUGAUUUAAAAGGUUAUGAUGACAUUAUAGAAGUUGAAUAUCAAUUAUGGCAGUCGAAAUGGAACUCAGUUGAAUCUCGGCCAUCGACAGCUAUCGAAGCACUUCAUCAAUGUGAUAAACUAAUGUACCCAAAUAUGUAUGAGCUUCUUAAGAUACUAUCAAUACUUCCUGUUUCAACAGCAACUGCAGAGAGAAGUUUUUCAACAUUAAGGAGAUUGAAAAAUUAUCUUCGAAACACAACAUCUGAAUCACGGCUUGUAGGAUUAGCUCUAUUAUCAAUUCAUAGAGAUGUAGAUAUUACUGAUGAUAUGGUACUAGAUAAGUUUUCGAAUAGUGGAAAAGCUAGACGACUAAAAUUAACAAUAUGA